GCGCCAAUCGGAAGGUCCCUGUUUUAGGAGCUAAUGGCGGAUGCCGGCGGCUUGGGUUUAGCGGCGGAUUAGGCCUUGAGGGGACUGAGGAUCUGUUGGAUAUCUGCGCCAUCCUCCUGGCUUCAGGCUUGCUUGGACUUGGUUAUAAUCAAGGCCUGGAUUGUGGAGCUAUAGGUGGCUCACUAUUACUGCCACCAUGUUCCUGUACAACUUGACCUUGCAGCGAGCCACUGGCAUCAGCUUUGCCAUUCAUGGAAACUUCUCUGGAACCAAACAACAGGAAAUUGUUGUUUCCCGGGGGAAAAUCUUAGAGCUGCUUCGCCCUGACCCCAACACUGGCAAAGUACACACUCUACUAACUGUGGAAGUGUUUGGUGUCAUCCGGUCUCUCAUGGCCUUUAGGUUGACGGGUGGCACGAAAGAUUACAUUGUGGUUGGCAGUGACUCAGGUCGGAUUGUUAUCCUGGAAUAUCAGCCAUCUAAGAACAUGUUUGAAAAAAUUCACCAAGAAACCUUUGGCAAAAGUGGAUGCCGCCGCAUUGUUCCCGGCCAGUUCUUAGCUGUGGAUCCCAAAGGGAGAGCUGUUAUGAUUAGUGCCAUCGAGAAACAGAAAUUGGUGUAUAUCUUGAAUAGAGAUGCUGCAGCCCGGCUUACCAUUUCAUCUCCCCUGGAGGCCCACAAAGCGAACACUUUAGUAUAUCAUGUAGUUGGAGUGGAUGUGGGAUUUGAAAAUCCAAUGUUUGCUUGUCUGGAAAUGGAUUAUGAGGAAGCAGACAAUGAUCCAACUGGGGAAGCCGCGGCUAAUACCCAGCAGACGCUUACUUUCUAUGAGUUAGACCUUGGUUUAAAUCAUGUGGUCCGAAAAUACAGUGAACCUUUGGAAGAACAUGGCAACUUCCUUAUUACAGUUCCUGGAGGGUCAGAUGGUCCAAGUGGAGUGCUGAUCUGUUCUGAAAACUAUAUCACCUACAAGAACUUUGGUGACCAGCCAGAUAUCCGCUGUCCGAUUCCCAGGAGACGGAAUGACCUGGAUGACCCCGAAAGAGGAAUGAUUUUUGUCUGCUCUGCCACCCAUAAGACCAAAUCGAUGUUCUUCUUUUUGGCCCAAACUGAGCAGGGAGAUAUCUUUAAGAUCACUUUGGAGACAGAUGAAGAUAUGGUUACUGAGAUCCGGCUCAAGUAUUUUGAUACUGUGCCUGUUGCUGCUGCCAUGUGUGUGCUUAAAACAGGCUUCCUUUUUGUAGCAUCAGAAUUUGGAAACCAUUACUUAUAUCAGAUUGCACAUCUUGGAGAUGAUGAUGAAGAACCUGAGUUUUCAUCUGCCAUGCCUCUGGAAGAAGGAGACACAUUCUUCUUUCAGCCAAGACCACUCAAAAACCUUGUUUUGGUCGAUGAGUUGGACAGCCUCUCUCCCAUUUUGUUUUGCCAGAUAGCUGAUCUGGCCAAUGAAGACACUCCACAGCUCUAUGUGGCCUGCGGUAGGGGACCCCGGUCAUCUCUGAGAGUCUUAAGGCAUGGACUUGAGGUAUCAGAAAUGGCUGUUUCAGAGCUACCUGGUAACCCCAAUGCUGUCUGGACAGUGCGUCGGCACAUUGAAGAUGAGUUUGAUGCCUACAUCAUUGUGUCUUUCGUGAAUGCCACACUUGUGUUGUCCAUCGGAGAAACUGUGGAAGAAGUGACUGACUCUGGGUUUCUGGGCACUACCCCAACCUUGUCGUGUUCCUUGUUAGGAGAUGAUGCCUUGGUGCAGGUGUAUCCUGAUGGCAUUCGGCACAUACGAGCAGACAAGAGAGUCAACGAGUGGAAGACUCCUGGAAAGAAAACAAUUGUAAAAUGUGCAGUGAACCAGCGACAGGUGGUGAUUGCCCUGACGGGAGGAGAGCUGGUCUAUUUUGAGAUGGAUCCCUCAGGACAGUUGAACGAGUACACAGAGCGAAAGGAGAUGUCUGCAGAUGUGGUGUGCAUGAGUCUGGCCAAUGUGCCCCCUGGAGAGCAGCGGUCCCGCUUCUUGGCUGUAGGGCUCGUGGACAACACUGUCAGAAUCAUCUCCCUGGACCCCUCAGACUGUUUGCAACCUCUGAGCAUGCAGGCUCUCCCAGCCCAGCCUGAGUCCUUAUGUAUUGUGGAAAUGGGUGGGACUGAGAAGCAGGAUGAGCUGGGUGAGAGGGGCUCUAUUGGAUUCUUAUACCUGAAUAUUGGGCUGCAGAAUGGUGUGCUGCUGAGAACUGUCCUGGACCCUGUCACUGGGGAUCUGUCUGACACCCGCACUAGGUACCUGGGGUCCCGUCCUGUGAAACUCUUUCGUGUCCGGAUGCAAGGCCAGGAGGCAGUGUUGGCCAUGUCAAGCCGCUCAUGGUUGAGCUAUUCUUACCAAUCUCGUUUCCAUCUCACCCCUCUGUCUUAUGAGACCCUGGAAUUUGCAUCUGGCUUCGCCUCUGAACAGUGCCCUGAGGGCAUUGUGGCCAUCUCCACCAAUACCCUGAGAAUUUUGGCAUUAGAGAAGCUGGGUGCUGUCUUCAAUCAAGUAGCUUUUCCACUGCAGUACACACCCAGGAAAUUUGUCAUCCAUCCUGAAAGUAACAACCUAAUCAUCAUUGAGACUGACCACAAUGCUUACACUGAGGCCACAAAAGCUCAGAGGAAGCAGCAGAUGGCAGAGGAAAUGGUGGAAGCAGCAGGGGAGGAUGAGCGGGAGCUGGCCGCAGAGAUGGCAGCAGCGUUCCUCAAUGAAAACCUCCCUGAGUCCAUUUUCGGAGCUCCUAAGGCUGGCAAUGGCCAGUGGGCCUCUGUGAUCCGAGUGAUGAAUCCUAUUCAGGGAAACACACUAGACCUUGUUCAGUUGGAACAGAAUGAAGCUGCUUUUAGUGUGGCUGUGUGCAGGUUCUCCAACACUGGUGAUGAUUGGUAUGUGCUGGUGGGCGUGGCCAAAGACCUAAUACUGAACCCCCGAUCUGUAGCAGGGGGCUUUGUCUAUACCUACAAGCUUGUGAACAAUGGGGAAAAACUGGAGUUUUUGCACAAGACUCCAGUGGAAGAGGUUCCUGCUGCCAUUGCCCCAUUCCAGGGGAGGGUGUUGAUUGGUGUGGGAAAACUUUUGCGAGUCUAUGACCUAGGAAAGAAGAAGUUACUCCGAAAGUGUGAGAACAAGCAUAUUGCCAAUUACAUCUCUGGCAUCCAGACUAUUGGACAUAGGGUAAUUGUAUCUGAUGUCCAAGAAAGUUUCAUCUGGGUUCGCUACAAGCGUAAUGAGAACCAGCUCAUCAUCUUUGCUGAUGAUACCUACCCCCGAUGGGUCACAACAGCUAGCCUCCUCGACUAUGAUACUGUUGCUGGGGCAGACAAGUUUGGCAACAUUUGUGUGGUGAGACUCCCACCUAAUACCAAUGAUGAAGUAGAUGAGGAUCCCACUGGAAAUAAAGCUCUCUGGGACCGGGGCUUGCUCAAUGGGGCCUCUCAGAAGGCUGAAGUGAUCAUGAAUUACCACGUGGGCGAGACAGUACUUUCAUUACAGAAGACUACGUUGAUCCCUGGAGGCUCAGAAUCGCUUGUCUACACCACUUUGUCAGGAGGAAUUGGCAUCCUUGUCCCGUUCACAUCCCAUGAGGAUCAUGACUUUUUCCAGCAUGUGGAAAUGCACCUCCGAUCUGAGCAUCCCCCUCUCUGUGGGCGAGACCACCUCAGUUUUCGUUCCUAUUACUUUCCUGUUAAGAAUGUGAUUGAUGGAGACCUCUGUGAGCAGUUCAACUCCAUGGAGCCCAACAAACAAAAGAAUGUCUCUGAAGAACUGGACCGAACCCCACCUGAGGUGUCCAAGAAGCUUGAGGACAUCCGGACUCGCUAUGCCUUCUGAGCCCUUUUCCUGUGGGGGCUUGUUAAGAGACUUUUUUUUUCCUCACCACCUGGUUCUGAUCCAUAUGGCAGAAGGAGGGUGGCUGGAAAAUUAAGAUUUUGCAAUAUUAAGGCUAAUAGCUCUUCCCCAUCCACUCUUCCCCUGGAGUGACUGAUUUCCCCUAAAAUUGGCACUGAGAUUUGCUUCACUUCUCCUUGCUUGAUACAUAAUUCAUUGCCCCCAGGUUCCAGUGUGGACUACAGUACCCAUUUUCCCAAAGCUUUCUUGCAUUAGUAUUUCUGGCUAUCUCGUCUACUUUUGUACACAUCCUUAAUUUUUAAUUGGUUUAUCUGUAAAUAUAGUUUUGUAUGAUGUUAUCUUUGUGGGAGGGAGAGAGGCAAGCUGAGCUGGGGUCCAGAUUUAUAUAGUACAAUUCCAGAGUUCUGCCACUCUGGAACAUAACCAGAAAUACAAACCUAGUUCUUAAGGUG